AUGGAUGCAAGUGAGGAGAAUUCAAGGCUUGGGAGGCUUCUGAACCAUGCAGAAACAAAUGCUGAGAGGAACUGCAGGGUGAAGGUCAUAGCAAUUCAAAAUGUGCCUCAUUUGUGCAUAUUUAGCAUAAGCCAAGUUCUAUGUGGCACAGAGCUUUUGUAUGAUUAUGGAUUUAAAAAGGGGGAGGAACCAUGGAAACAGCUGGCAUCAAGUACUCGAGAGUCUCCCACCAUCCAAGUGCUGGCAUCAAGUACUCGAGAGUCUCCCACCAACAAAGAGCUGGCAUCAAGUACUAGAGAGUCUCCCACCAACAAAGAGCUGGCAUCAAGUACUAGAGAAUCUCCCACCAACAAAGAGCUGGCAUCAAGUACUCGAGAGUCUCCCACCAACAAAGAGCUGGCAUUAACUACUCGAGAGUCUCCCACCGACCAAGCGCUGGCAUCAAGUAUUCGAGAGUCUCCCAAAAACAAAGAGCUGGCAUCAAGUACUCGAGAGUCUCCCACCAACAAAGAGCUGGCAUCAAGGACUAGAGAGUCUCCCACCAACAAAGAGCUGGCAUCAAGUACUCGAGAGUCUCCCCCCAACAAAGAGCUGGCAUCAAGUACUCGAGAGUCUCCCACCAACAAAGAGCUGGCAUCAAGUACUCGAGAGUCUCCCCCCAACAAAGAGCUGGCAUCAAGUACUCGAGAGUCUCCCACCAACAAAGAGCUGGCAUCAAGUACUCGAGAGUCUCCCACCAACAAAGAGCUGGCAUCAAGUACUAGAGAGUCUCCCACCAACAAAGAGCUGGCAUCAAGUACUCGAGAGUCUCCCACCAACAAAGAGCUGGCAUUAACUACUCGAGAGUCUCCCACCGACCAAGCGCUGGCAUCAAGUAUUCGAGAGUCUCCCACCAACAAAGAGCUGGCAUCAAGUACUCAAGAGUCUCCCACCAACAAAGAGCUGGCAUCAAGGACUAGAGAGUCUCCCACCAACAAAGAGCUGGCAUCAAGUACUCGAGAGUCUCCCCCCAACCAAGCGCUGGCAUCAAGUACUCGAGAGUCUCCCACCAACAAACAGCUGGCAUCAAGUACUCGAGAGUCUCCCACCAACAAAGAGCUGGCAUCAAGUACUCGAGAGUCUCCCCCCAACCAAGCGCUGGCAUCAAGUACUCGAGAGUCUCCCACCAACAAAGAGCUGGCAUCAAGAACUAGAGAGUCUCCCACCUACCAAGCCCUGGCAUCAAGUAUUCGAGAGUCUCCCACUAACAAAGGGCUGGCAUCAAGUACUCGAGAGUCUCCCACCAACAAAGGGCUGGCAUCAAGUACUCGAGAGUCUCCCACCAACAAAGAGCUGGCAUCAAGUACUCGAGAGUCUCCCACCGACCAAGCGCUGGCAUCAAGUACUCGAGAGUCUCCCACCAACAAAGAGCUGGCAUCAAGGACUAGAGAGUCUCCCACCAACAAAGAGCUGGCAUCAAGGACUAGAGAGUCUCCCACCGACCAAGCGCUGGCAUCAAGUGUUCGAGAGUCUCCCACCAACAAAGGGCUGGCAUCAAGUACUCGAGAGUCUCCCAUCAACAAAGGGCUGGCAUCAAGUACUCAAGAGUCUCCCACCGACCAAGCGCUGGCAUCAAGUAUUCGAGAGUCUCCCACCAACAAAGAGCUGGCAUCAAGUACUCGAGAGUCUCCCACUAACAAAGAGCUGGCAUCAAGUAAAAAACAGUCGCCUACUGACCAAAAGGUGGCAUCAAGUACAUUGCAGUCACCUAUCCAAUGUAGCUCAGUAUCCGACUCAUCAAGCAGUUCUGAGUCUGCUUCUGAUUCAGGUGAUGAGUGGGCUCCUUUAGAUAGAAUCCCUGAAACAGAUGAAUCAGAUUAUGAUAGUGAUGAUGAACCCAUUCCUUGUAAGAGAAAAUUCAGAGAUUACAACAACAACAACAACAAAAAAGUUUUGCAGAUAUCGCAAGCCGAAAACAAGUUAUUUGAUUUGAAACCCAUCAAAACAGAAGACCGUCACCAUACUCUUUUCCCGAGUAAUCAGAUCAGAACAUCAGAUCAUGGAAAUCAGCCAUCAGAGAAGAAAGAUGAGCACAAAGUGACUAAUCAUGCAAGAACAAAUAAGCAAACAAGAUACAGGAAACCACAUAGGUAUUGUAUCUUUUGUGGGCAGAUGUUUUCUAAACUAUCUGAUCACAUACAAAAGAAGCAUGGAGAUCACGAGCGAGUGAAAAUUGCAAUGCAACUACCCAAGAAGCAUAGAGUUGCGGAGAUAAGAAAGAUGAGGAAAGAAGGAAUCCUACUUCAAAAUAAACUUGAGGCCAAGAAGGAAUCUCCUGCCUACAAGAGGGAGCGCUUGUCAAAAAAAGGUUCAGAGCCUGUAAUGUGUGCGAUAUGCACUGGAUUUUUUGCAAGAACGUACAUUACCAGACACAUGCGAAAGUGUGCAAAGGAAAGUGAGUCCGCAAUUCAUGGAGCUGGCUUGCCUGUCAGCAUGCUUAGGCAUGAGGAAAUCUUAGCUCAAGAUACUGAUUUUGUUACAAACAUAGUAUCAAGAUUUCGAAAGGGCAACCGAUCCAGCCAACUUUGCACAACGGAUCCUGUCUUGUUGAAAAUUGGUAGAAGGCUGUGGAUGAAAGAGAAGAGAAAACAAAGUAAACACGCAGAAGUAAGAAAAUCUGUAAUGUCGGAUAUGAGACGACUGGCAAAUUUGUAUUUGCACAUGAAAGAGAGUGAGCAAACCCUUGGGAAAUUACCUACAGAUGAUGGGAAUAUUGCAGAUUUAUUUAAACGAAAUAAUUUCGGCCAUCUUGAGGAAGCCAUUAACACAUGCACAACAGUUGAAGAUUCAGACUCACUUAAAGAUGGAAGAUCACUGAAAGCUGGCCUCAAGCUGGGAUUGUACUAUCUAUUGAAGGCAUCUAGCAAAAUCUUGAAAGGCUUGUAUCUGAUCGAAGAUGAUGACGAGGGUGAUAUGAAAGCAGGAGAGAUUGAUAAGUUUCUUUCCGUAUUAGAGCUCAAUUACAACAUGAUCUUUGGAGAUGCCAUGUAUGCCCUCCAGCAAGGCAGACAGGAAAAACUUAGGAGACCAGAGUCAGCUCCAAAUGACGAUGAUAUUCGUAGAGUUCGAGACUACACUGCUGCUCAAAUCAAACAGCUUGUCAGUGAAAGAUAUGCCUUCCCAGAUUUACAUCUUUAUACGAGCCUACGUAACAAUGUAACUUGCAGACUCACUUUAUUCAACGCUAGAAGGGGUGGGGAGCCCAGCCGGUUGUUACUGAAAGAGUGGGAAGAUGCUGACAAAGGUGCUUGGCUAGACAAGUGCCAGAUUGGUGGUUUGGAUGAAAUAGACAAGGCACUGGCCAGCAAGCUGAAGAUUGCCUACCAAAGUGGAAAGGGAGUGAAGCAUUUGGUAUCAGUCCUCUUUCCUGAAGACACUCAUGAAGCGAUGCAUAUCCUUGCUGAUGAAGAGAUUAGGCGGGAGGUUGGAAUAUCUCCCACAAACCGUUUCAUGUUUCCAAGUACAGGGGCUUCUAAUGACCACGUAUCUGGCUGGCAUGCCGUCAAUAGCGUUUGUCAACAACUCAAACUGACAGAACCAGAAAACAUGACGGCAACCAAAAAUCGACACAGAGUGAGCACAAUUUUUUCACUGAUGGAUGUCCCUGAAAUGGAUAGGGGUUACAUAUACAAGCAUCUUGGUCAUUCAGAGGAAACGAAUAAGAAUAUCUACCAAGCCCCAUUGGCAGUAAAAGCUCUGACUGUUGUUGGACGGCGCCUGAUGGACAUUGAUGAAGCCGGAUCAUCUGUUGGUGUACCAACCCUUGGACCUCUUUCUCCUCCUAGAGUCCCACAGAGUCCCACUAAGGAACGCCUUGAUCCUCAAAAUUCAUCACGAUGUAAUGAUGGAGCUGGAUCAUCUGGUGGUGUAUCAGCCCCUGGACCUCUUUGUCCUCCUAGGAAAAAUCCUACCCUGGUACCCCUCAAUCGUCAGGAAGAUUCAUCAAGAGAACGGAGGUACACGAGAUGGGAGUCUGGGGAAACGGCUCAACUAAAAGAGUUCUUCAAAGAAUAUUUCACAUCAACUCAAACAAAACUUCCAUCAAGAGCAGAAAUUAGAAAAUUCAAAAUGAGAUUUCCAGCCUUCAGACAUGAUGUAAGGACCAUAGCAACCAAGGUCAUGAACGAGGUGCGGAAGACCGAACGACUGACAGAGGAAAGAGUCAAACGACUUGGGAUAAGUUAAUGAGGUGAUGGGCUAACAGGUUAAUCGGGACAUUUCUGGUAACAUUAACAUGCAUCUUUUAGGAUAGAUUCAGGAUUGUGCUUAGAAUAAAAUAAACUUACAGUCUUCAUAAAUCCCUUUUGAGUGUUUUCAACAAUCCAAUUAGUGAAGUCUUUCUAUAUGAGCUCACCUGAGCCGAAGGCUUAUAACUGCACAGAUGCUCGUCCCUGCAAAAACUGUCGGCUCAUGGGCAACAGAGCAUGCGGAUAGUGAUUAAUCACCUAAAUAUUAGCUGUGGGGUCAUGCUUGUUAUCAAUUAUUUUAUGGUACUUUGAUGAAUUGUGUUAGGGUCCCUUACAAUCAAGUGGGUGGAGCAUUGGAGGAGUACCCUCUCAUGAUCGAGCUAUGAGGAUUUUGAAUAAAAUAAUGCAUGCAAACAUAUUUUUGAAAUGUGAUUCAGGCAAUUGCAGGGGCAGAGGUAGUUGAUGUCAGAUUUGCUGGCAGGAUUAAGAGUACAUAGGGCCCACAGGGCAACAGUUUGUUCAGGGGUGACCAUUUGGUAGGCAAGUCAGAGGAUCUCUCAAUCAAAUUUAUUGAUAAAAUACUACUAGAGGCAUAGGAUUGAAAGUUGCUCAAUUGAAGCAUGUGGUAAUUACUAAUUUGCAAUUACAUAUGACAAUUGCAUGACAUCAGGUGAGCACCAGGCCCCUG